ACAGCUAGAAACUAAUUUCUCUAAAGCAUGGAUAACGAAGAGCUCAAUCGUCUAAAACGCAAUUUCUCGGAAAUAGGACUAAACGAUUGGCUAAUAAAGCAAUGUGACGCAGUUGGAAUGAAAAAUCCUACAUCAAUUCAGUUGAAUUGUGUACCAAAGAUACUUGAAGGACGAGAUUGUAUUGGGUGUGCCAAAACUGGAAGUGGAAAAACAGCAGCGUUUGCUCUACCAAUUUUACAAAAGCUGUCAGAAGAUCCUUAUGGAGUAUUUGCUUUAGUCUUAACUCCGACCAGAGAACUCGCUUUCCAAAUUUCAGAGCAGUUUUCUGUCUUGGGAAAACCUAUAGGCUUGAGAGUAUCUGUUGUUACUGGAGGAAGAGAUAUGGUGAUGCAGGGGUCUUCCCUUUCUGAAAAGCCACAUAUUCUGGUAAGCACACCGGGAAGAUUAGCUGAUCAUAUAGAAACUGGUACAGAAAUAUCUCUCUCAAAAAUUCGCUUUCUUGUGCUUGACGAAGCAGAUCGAUUGCUGGAAGAUAAUUUUGGUGAACAAUUGAAAACAAUUUUCAAAAUUCUUCCAAAAAAGAGACAAACUCUUCUAUUUAGUGCAACGAUGACUGAAAGUAUUCGUACACUACAAGAAACUUCUGAAGAAAAGCCUUUUUAUUUCAGCGCAAUUAAAGACAUUGCAACUGUGGAAACCUUGGAACAACAAUAUGUGCUUAUGCCAGCAGAUGUUAAAGAUGCUUACCUUUUGCAUAUGGUUAACAAAUUUCAAGAGGAAAACGAAAAAAGUUUAAUUAUAGUGUUUACCCAUACAUGCAAGUAUUGCCAAUUACUGGGAUUAGUCAUGAAAGAUUUAGGUUUGGAAUGCGUCACCUUGCAUUCAAUGAUACCCCAGAGAGACAGAUUAGCUGCACUUGCAAAGUUUAAGUCACAUCAAGUUCGAACAUUAAUAGCUACAGACGUUGCUAGCAGAGGUUUAGACAUUCCUGCCGUAGACUUUAUUAUCAAUUUUAAUGUACCAACGAGAGCAAAAGAUUAUGUUCAUAGAGUUGGAAGAACAGCUAGAGCUGGUAGAGGAGGUUUUGCUGUUACAUUGGUUACCCAAUUUGAUAUUAAGCUGUUUCAGGCUGUUGAAAGUCAUAUAAAAACAAAAUUAACGGAAAUGAAAGUAAAUGAAAGCGAAGUGGCUAAAAUUGCAACUGAGGUUGCUGUCAGCAAACGAAAAGCAGAAAUCAGAUUGGAUGAAGUUGAUUUUGGAGAAAGUAAGGAAAUACAUUUAAGAAAGAAAUUAAUCCUAGAAGGUAAAGAUCCUGAAAAAUAUUUGGAAAAGAAAAGAAAAAGAAAAAAUAAGAAGUUUAAAGGAAAUAAGAAAAAAAAAGUUUAA